AUUUCAAAUAUGAUGAUUACCAAACAGCCUGUGCAUACACAAUUUUUAAAUUCUUUUUUCUUUUUUGAUUGUGAAUGUUGACUGAAUUUGUUUCUUAAUUGAAAUCUCUGCCACGCUGCAUUUUCCUCAGAUUACUGGCCGAAAGAGAUGUAGUUCUUUACUGUGAUUUUCAUGGUCACAGCCGAAAAAACAAUGUCUUCAUGUAUGGCUGCAAAAACAAAGCCGACUCUACACUGAAACUUCACGCGAGAGUCUUUCCACUAAUGAUGAGCAAGAAUGCUAGCAAUAAGUUCUCCUUUAACAGCUGUAAAUUCCGGGUGCAGAAGAGCAAAGAGGGCACAGGACGAAUCGUCAUGUGGAGACUUGGCAUCAUAAACAGCUACACCAUGGAGGCCACCUUUGGAGGCUCCUCUUUGGGCGACAGGAGAGGAACACAUUUUACUACUCAAGACUUGAAGUCCCUGGGUUUUCACCUGUGUGACACCCUCCUGGACUAUUGUGACCCUGAUCCAAUAAAGAUCACUUACUGUCUGACAGAAUUGGCAUUGCUGCAAAAGGAGUUCAGAGAAAGACUGGGCCAAGAUUUGGGCAACAGCUCUGAUCUCGAAACCAGCACAAGUGGCUCAGAUAGUUCAGAUUCAGAAGGACUCCCACUUCAUUUGCUGAACCAGCCAGAAACAUAUACAGAGCAAACUCCAGUGACGAAAAAAAAGAAACACUUCAGGAGUCAUAAAGAGAGGAAUAGACGACGACCAAACAGAGUAAAAAACAAAACACAGCAAAAGGUCCUGAAAAGCAACACGAAAAGUCUUUAAUCAGCCAGAUCUUAAAUAAAAGAAGAAGUUGGUGAUUCUUAAGUUCA